UUAACGGAAAUUGGGCUCGGGGCACAUCUGGGAGGAGGAUAGGCCCGGGACUGAAACACCGGCGAGUUUUGCAAAAAGGCUCAAUGUUACUGAGUUAGAGUCUAACAGUUCUGUGGAAGGAGUAUUCUAGAGUUUUCAUAAUAUCCCCGAAUAUUAAACAACGGAGAGAGGAUUGUGAAAUGUUAGAGAGACUCAUCCUCGCUCUCAUGGCGACCGGGGUGACCCGGGUAACCGGUGACUGUAGCAAACCUCCGCUGUUGGAAAAUGGAUUCCCAACAAACAAAUUUACUCCUGAGACCUUGUUUGGUGUGGGUACAGAGAUCACUUAUAAGUGUAAUUUAGGCUAUGUAUUUAAGAAAGAAAUGUUAAAUGGUUCAAGAUCUGUUAAUUGCAAGGAAGAUUCAACAUGGACACCACUGGAGGUCAUUUGUGAACCAAAGAUAUGUGGUAACCCAGGCAAGAUAGCAAAUGGAUAUUACGAGGCACCAAAUGCUACUUUUGGAAGUAAAGUUAUUUUUCACUGUGACACAGGAUAUAAGAUGGUGGGUCGAAGUUUUCGGGUUUGUAAAGCUGAUGGUUGGGAUGGCCAAAUCCCAACAUGUGAAGCCGUCACAUGCGAUGACCUUCCACCUAUCAGUAAUGGGAAAACUCCAUCACUACCUCGUGGAGAUCACUGGCAAUAUGGAAUGGUUGCAGUAUAUUCUUGUAACAAUGGCAAUUCGUUGAUUGGUGCUGAGAAACUUAUUUGUACAGAGUCUGGAAAGUGGGACAAUGACCCACCUACUUGCAAAGUUGUUGAAUGUCAACGUCCUGAACUGCCUGCCAAUGGCAAAAUAAAAGAAGGAUUUGGACCCAAAUAUAGAUAUCAAGAGACCAUCAGUUAUAUCUGUAAUGAAGGCUUUGAGAUGGUUGGCAACCAUGUGAUUGAAUGUAAAGAGAACAAUACAUUUAUACCAUCACCACCUAUCUGCAAACCAAGGAACUGUGGUAUUCCAGGAAAUAUAUUGAAUGGAUAUUAUGAGCUUCGCAAUGCAACUUUUGAAAUGAAAGCUACUUUUUAUUGUAACGAAGGAUACCGGAUGGUGGGUAGGAACUACCGGCUGUGUAAAGCUGAUGGUUGGGAUGGCCAAGUCCCGACAUGUGAAGUUAUCUCAUGUGACCUUCCACUUCUUAAUAAUGGGACAGUUUCAUCACCACCUGGGGACCAUUGGGAACCAGGAAUGGUAGCAAACUAUUCUUGUGAUAAUGGUUAUUCAUUGAUUGGUGCAGAAAGACUGACUUGUACGGCAUCUGGAAAGUGGGACAAAGAUCCACCAACAUGCAGAGAAUCAAAAAUGCCCCAGACUCGUAAAAUUGGAGAGACCAAGGAGAAGCCCCCUGCAACCAUCGUAGAAGAUGAAGGAGGACUUGGUACGACAGGUAUUGUUGUCAGUUGUAUUAUUGGUAUUUGUGUCGGAAUUGGUGGUGCUGCUGGAUUAUCCUUUUAUAAUAAGAAACGACAGCGUACCAUGUGUAAGAAGGUUCACAUCAACCCUCAACCCAGUGAAAACCAAGUGGAGGCCAAUGUUAAUGAGUACCAUGAUGACCCAGCAUGAUCUUUAAUGAAGUCGAACUUAUGAUUAUAGAAGAUCAAAACUCUAAAUAGAUUCAAUUUUGAUGCAAACUUCUAACAAAAUCCUACUUCAGUUCAUCACAUUUCUGAGCAAAUGAACUGAUGAAUCUACCUUCUCGGAUAUUACAAAGCAACAUUGAUGCAGCUGUCGAUA